AUGGUUUGGUCGGCACGAUUGCCCUGGGAUCCUAUCAGUAUAGCAGUGCCGUGUUCACUCGGAAACGGGGGACCGAAGACAAAUCCCACUAUUGGUCAGAACAUGCCACCCGGUCUGAUUGCAUGUCUCACCGCAGAUGGAUACGUACGAUUGGCUUAUCUGGGUACAAAUCCAACGAGAAAGAGUCCUGUCAAGGUCACCGAAAGGACACAGUCGGAUGACAAACAUUGCUCACCAAAACUGAUACAGACAGAAACAGAAACAGAAGAGCUUAAUAAAACAAUUACUCUUUUAACACAAGACGGAGCAGACCUUAAAUUAUUGCCACCGGGGGAUAGCAAACCAGUUUGUAAAGUUGAAAUGAAAACCAAAUUACGUGCCGAUUCUCAGUCCGGUGAAAAUGCGUAUUUUAUCGAUGUUCUCAUCCUCUUUCAGGGCGUGUCGGAUUCCAGUGAAUUCGAUUCGAUAUUUCUCACCGUGGACAGCUGUUCACCGCUCUCGGUGGAGCCGAACUAUGUGAAAUUCCCUUUGAUUAAAACCUCAACAACCGAGUCCCAAUGUUGUUCCUUAUCGGUUGGCUUGAAAAAAAUGGAAAUGUCAACAUCUAUCCAAUUCGUUCUGGAUUUGACUGUUCGACUGACUUUGGUUUACACCGGACGGAAUAACACACCGAUUUUAACAGAACGCACAAAAUUUGUGGAAACGUUUGUGAAAUUACCGCUUCAUUGGUUCUAUGCGGCUAGAUUAUCCAAAAAAUCUCACGCAUGCGGCUCGUAUCGAAUCACAUUUGAUCUGGCUCCUGAAUUGGUUGCUUAUGAGAUGCGAUUGCAUAAAAUCCUGUCCGGUCUUUGCCCACCAGACUUUACGGGCUCAACCUUGUGCAUUCAUCCCAGAAUGGAUUUAAUUACUCACGAGGAAAGUCACGACCCUAAGCAGACUGGUGAUGUUUUCUUGUUGGAGAAUCUCAAAAAAUCGCAACUCCGAUUACAAAGUGACUAUCCGGAAAUGUUCGGACCAAUUAUCAACGAGUUGUUGCAUGAAAUACGUGCAUUUUGUCAGCGGUCUGGUUUGGUCAAAACGACCGGUUGUUUGCUACAAUUGCAUCUGUCCAAAUCAGCUGAUGUUUCAUCCAGUGCAGAAACCCGGACUCCGGAUGCAGUUUUAUCCUCGCUUGUAAUUCGUUCAUUCCGUGACUAUUUGUUCGCAUCCCUGUGUGAGCAUUUGGAAUCCAGGUUGGCGUUAGCCACACAAGUCGCUGCAAAUGCAGUUCAAGCCAGACACUUCAGAGCACUACAAACUCAUGUACUGAAUAGAAUACAGGAACCAAUAUCGACCUCGAUGACUGGGUUUGAUACAUUGUUGGAAGCGAGUUUACAUCAGCUGAUCCAAGGUUGUCAGUCCGCAAUGAGCUAUGCCAGUAAGCAAUUCAAUUUAGGCUUUACUGUAGUUGCUAUGCUCUCUUUGUUGAUUCUGAUUUUUCGAGAAUGUGUACAGCCUCUUAGAAAGGAAAAGUCCGAACGAGAUCCCUUGUUUCAAACACUGAGUCCCGGUGUGCUGUUAACUCUGGUUGCAGCUAACGAAUCUGUUGAGGUGUCUCGUGGACAGGAUGUGUUGCCUGAAACGAAAGAGGAUCUGAGUUUUCCCUCCGAUUCCGGUGUCUUUGUUGGGUUGGAAGAAUACCUAGAUCUCGCUGUUGGAUCCCUUCUGAUUCAAAUGAAGAACGAAGAUUUCAUUGAACGAAAGCCAAUUUCAACUGCACUGAUACCCGAUGUAAAUGGUUUAAUGCAACGCAUACUAUGCUUGUUGAAGUCCACGUUGCAAUAA